AUGGAUGAUCGAAUACCCCGAAUCAACGGAAUGCGCAAACUUGACGGCGUCCAUCUGACGUCGACCUUCUUCCUACUCGUCGUGCUGCUUAUUAGUCCUGUCAUUGCUACUAUUCCAUACACCCCGUCAUACCUUCUAUACGACUCGCAGAACAACGCCUCUUUUACCUAUCUGUUACGGCCGGGUAGCAACCAAGGCACUGCCGAGUUGCUUUCUCUGAACGUGUCCAGGAACGUCGAUGGCUCACAUCCACGCUAUGAGACCCUCUCGAAGGAGGUCCCGUUCCAAACCGAAAACCAGACAUCUUCAUUCGUUCCGGUAAUCGACCAACACGGCAUGAUCCAAAUCUAUACCGGUGAUUGCCAGUGCACGCGAGGGAAUUCUACGGUAUGGCAGUUCACGCCCAGCAGCAGCAGCUCGAUUGGAAACGGGACCUGGGAGAGGUACUCGGUAGCUGGAACGAACGAUCGAACGCGCUCUAGGAUGAGUGGGCCGAACUAUCUGUCCGCGGGGUUUGCGUAUGCCAACUCCAACGAGAGCGAGAGCGCCAUUUACGCCUUUGGUGGAAUGUGCCCAUUACCAGUCCAAUGGGGCCAAACGUGGAUGGCCGCUGCGAACUAUUCUCAGACCCUAAUGGUCCUGAGCCCUUCCGACUCGGACAAGCCUUCCGAAUAUCAAAUCUCGACUGCCGGCGAGCGCGCACCCCCGAUCCCGGAAGCCGGGUUUACGAUUACCCCCUUACUGCCGGCAUAUACGUCUACUGCGACGGGGAAGUUGUUGAAACAGCAGGAGUUUCUGCUGAUUGGAGGUCAUACCCAGAAGGCCUUCAUCAAUAUGUCGCAGCUGGCUCUCUUCUCGCUUCCGCAGAACAGUUGGAGCAUUGUCAACAUCGACUCGUCGCUCGACUCGGUCAAAACGGACCUUGCGGCUCGCACGGCCCCGGCGAUCGAGCCGCGCUCCGGACAUACCGCCGUUCUCUCUCCAGAUGGUAACAAGGUGAUUGUGUUUGGAGGCUGGGUUGGCAAUACCGGUGUCCCCGCUCACCCUCAGUUGGCAGUCCUCGAGAUCGGAGAAGAGUAUGCAAGCUCGAGUGGCUGGAAAUGGAGCAUCCCAUCUAAGAAACACAGCCCACUUGCGGAAGGGACCGGCAUCUAUGGCCACGGCGUGACGAUGCUUCCUGGCGGCGUGAUGAUGAUCGCAGGCGGGUAUCGCAUAUCACAAUCGUCCAAAAGAUCGGACGCCAGCCCGCAGUUGAACACCCAAGUGCAGCUGUACAACGUCACUUCGGGCGACUGGGUCUCGUCGUAUGCAAACCCGAACGUUGUCUCCGGCCCGCCCCCGUCCGAUGAGCCCAGCGAGGUGGGCGCGAACACCGACUCCCAUUCCCAUUCGUCCACCCCCCGAACAAUCGGACUCAGUGCAGGACUCGGGGCUGGGAUUCCGGCUCUCGCGGGCGCCGCGAUCCUGGUCUGGUUCUAUUGGCGGAGGCGACGAGUACGCCGCACGCGCGAUCAAAGCCUCCGGAAGCUGGCCUUGGAGGCACAACGCGCACACUUCUGGAAUCAAGACGAUCCUUCCAUGGCUAGUAGCGUCCGCCGGCCCUCCACGCGAGAGGCCAAUAGGGACUACCCGUGGAACAACAACCCGAGCACCAGCCGGUCAUCGAACUGGCAGAAUACUGGGGAUGCCGUCGCCGAAAGAACGGGACUGCUCAUGGACAUCCCAUCCCCGACCAAGACCUGUCGCUCAGGCCUGAAUGCCAGAAUGUACCGCCCGCCUGCACCGUACAACGAGUACCGAAGAAGUGACGGAACGGCCGAUAUUCCCCCGAUCGACGAGCGGGAGGAGGACGAGAUUCAAGAUUCCGAGCGGCGAGCGGUGCGAAACUCGAUGGACCCGUUCCUCACCCCCCGAAGCACCAUCGUCGGCGAAGAGCAACUCUAUCCCCACGGCGUCGUACCGGCAUUGACUCCCAGCGCUGGCUUCGAGCGCGACGAGCCCCCCUCUCCGGACAAGAACGACCGCACUUCCUCGAAUCUAUCGGAUUCCUCGACCUCCACCAAAUCCGCCCACCAAUACCACGGCGUGAUCUUCCAUAACCCAUCCAGUCAACCGAGCAGUGGGCGUGUGUCGCCCGAAAAGCCCGGCUCCUCGUCAUCCGGACACACCAUCCACAACCGACCCGACAGCGCAACCCUUCCGCAAGAGAAGCGCUAUUCCUCCGAUUCCUUCUCCACCGCCCAUACAACCCUCUCCCAACGCCAGGUCGAAAGCGAGCACCUUCUCCAACAAGAAGGAACGGUUGGAGGAGGUGGUCCCCAAGGCCCCCAAAGCCCCCAAUCACCCACCGUGGAUCUUUUCCCACGACCCCUUUCCAUCUCCAAGCCCCGGACCUCAGACUGGAUGGGCAACGUCCGACGCGUGCUCUCCGUCACUCGCAAGCGCCCACCAGCCACCGAGGACUGGAACGACACCUCCCUCGCCUCGGGGGUCGAUCGCCGCGGCACGGCGCUCGGAGCAGCUCAGAAACCACUCGAGUCGGGCAGUGCCUCAAGUUUAGCAGCCGCGCCAGUCCCCCGUCGCUCGGUCAGUGCGUCGGCUGAGCUGUUCCGGCGUAAACAGGGCAGUGCCAGGGAGUGGAGCGCCGGCAACCGAUCCUCGCGGGAGAUGACGUUCCAGACGCCUAUUCGCGAUGAUUUCGCCCUGGAUGGACUGCUCGAUAACAUGAUUGAGACCGACAAUGAUGACGAUGGGGACUGGGACGUCGAGGGUGCGAUAGAGGGGAGACGCGUCCAGAUGACAUAUACGGUGCCGAAGGAGCGAUUGAGGGUCGUCAAUGCUACCGCUCGGGAUAUGGAUAACUUCUCCGAGAAAUCUAUCAGUCGAAGCAACAGUGAAGCGUAA